AUGGAGGAAGUAAAAGCAGAACUUGUGGAGGACAUGAACUGCCACCAGAGAAUUCUCCUGGAUAAAGCCAUGACAGAAGCCGUGGAGUCCUACACAAAGGAGGAUGAGACUGUACCAUCUGGUUUAAAAAAGAGACCCCGUGAGUCACGAACGGAUAGAAAGAAAGUGUUUCUGCAUCAGGCAUCAAUGCUGGAUGAAUUAAUGGAGGUGGAACACUUCCAAACCAUCUACCACAUGUUUGUGGCUGUUCUUCUUGUUUUUGUGAUCAGCACAGUUGCUGUGGAUAUUAUUGACCAGGGAAGGUUAGUUCUGGAGUUUGAUCUCCUGUUUUAUUCAUUUGGGCAGUUUGGGACUGUGGUUUGGUCAUGGAUCUGCCUGUUCAUAUAUUCGCUCCUGGUGCCCUACAAAGUGUUGUCUUUCUGGGGCUCCUGGUAUCCAAAGUCAAAGCACAAGCUCCUGCUAUCCACCUGUCUGGGGAUAUUCCUGCUUGUGAGCCAGAUGUGUGUACUCUGCAUUUUCCCCAUCUAUGUGGUAAACCAUUACCGGCUGCCUCCAGCUUCGAGCUUCAUCGUCAUUCUGGAACAGGUUCGCUUCCUAAUGAAGACUUACUCUUUUUGUAGAGAGACAAUUCCAGUUGUGCUACAGGAUGAAAAGAAAAAUGCCAAGAUGCCUUCACUUUCAAGCUAUCUUUAUUUUCUCUUCUGUCCAACACUGGUUUACAGAGACAGCUAUCCCAGGACACCAUACAUAAGGUGGAAAUAUGUGGCUAAGAACUUUGCCCAGUUCCUUGGCGGUGUGUUUUUUUUGUACUUUAUCAUGGUCGCACUCUGCAUCCCGGUAUUCAAAAACAUGAGCAAGCGGCCAUUCAGUACCAAGACCUUGGUGCUUUCCAUCUUCCAUGCCACCCUGCCUGGUAUCUUUGUGCUGCUAAUCUCAUUCUUUGCAUUUCUGCACUGCUGGAUGAACGCAUUUGCUGAGAUGCUCCGCUUUGCAGAUCGCAGGUUUUAUAAGGACUGGUGGAAUUCCAAGUCCUUCUCCAACUACUACCGCACAUGGAAUGUGAUCGUCCAUGACUGGUUGUAUUAUUAUGUCUACCAGGAUCUGCUAUGGCUGCUCAAGAAGCGUUUUCGCACAGGAGUGAUGCUAGCUGUAUUCCUCAUCUCUGCCACUGUACAUGAAUAUGCUUUAACAAUGUCUCUUGGUUUCUUUUACCCGGUCAUGUUCUGCCUUUUUGCUCUUUUUGGAGGCAUAUUUAAUUUCAUGAUGAAUGAUAAACGGACCAGCCCAAUUUGGAAUGUGAUGUUAUGGACCUUCCUCUUCAUUGGUCAGGGGAUCCAGCUGUGCUUAUAUUGUCAGGAGUGGUACGCCCAGAUCCACUGCCCCCUCACAGAGAUUUGGCGUGACACCAAAAACUGUAUCAACAAAGUGGUGACUCACAUCAAAACAAAUGCAGAUAAGAGAAGAAGAAAACAGCCUCAGUUCUCGUCUGGAGAUAAGGAAUGGCUCUCCUCUAAAAACAUCCGCUUAAGGGUCCACAGUUUCAAGUUUGCUUCUAGGCUCCUUGAACCCUUUGAAGAAUUGAGGAGGAUCAACAAAGUGACAUAUAAGUUACGUCUGCCUAUCUCUCUGAUUAUUCCUAAUGCCUUCCACGUGUCCUUACUAAAAACAGUAGUUCUUAAUCGCUUCUCGACGGCUCCUUCUACUCCAACUCCGGUAUCUGAAGAUUCUGACAACAUAUUUGAGGUUAAAAGACAUUCUGGACAUUAA